GCUGCGCCGCGCCGCGCCGCGUUGGGACUGGCCACUCGCGUUCCGCCUGAGGAGGCGCUGCCGUCGGCACUGCAGCCGCCGCGGAGCUGAUAACUGCUUCGAGCUAGCUGCCGGGAGUGGGGCGGCGGUGCAAACAUGAAUGUUGGAGUUGCCCACAGUGAGGUGAAUCCAAAUACCCGUGUAAUGAACAGCCGGGGUAUGUGGCUGACAUAUGCUUUGGGAGUUGGCUUGCUUCAUAUCGUUUUACUCAGUAUUCCCUUCUUCAGUGUUCCUGUUGCUUGGACCUUAACAAAUGUUAUACAUAAUCUGGGGAUGUAUGUAUUUUUGCAUGCAGUUAAAGGAACACCAUUUGAAACUCCUGACCAGGGUAAAGCAAGGCUCCUAACUCAUUGGGAACAACUGGACUAUGGAGUACAGUUUACAUCUUCACGGAAGUUUUUCACAAUUUCUCCAAUAAUUCUAUAUUUUCUGGCAAGUUUCUAUACGAAGUAUGAUCCAACUCACUUCAUCUUGAACACAGCUUCUCUCCUGAGUGUGCUGAUUCCCAAAAUGCCACAGCUACAUGGUGUUCGGAUCUUUGGAAUUAAUAAGUAUUGAAAUGUGUUUUGAAACAACAAAAAUUUUUACAGCUACUGAGUUUUCUGUACGGAAGGAAUGGUUACUAAACUGCACUGUUUCUGUGAUAAUGUGAAAUGAGAGGUAGCUACAUUAGAGAACCAAUUGCUGGUUCUUUAUAUGCUGUGUUAAAGUGCAGAUUCUUACGAGAAGAUGCCUUUGUUUAAUGCAUCUGGUAUCCUUCUGAAGAGAGGCUUUAGAGGCAGGCUGGGCAGGCCCAGCUUAUAAGUUAAAUGGCUAUAAAGUAAGGGUGUAGUAGAUAAAUCCAAGGAAAUAAGAGAUUUAUAAGAAACUAAGUCCAGCUUAGCUUAUAAUGAAUGGGCAUUAUGUUAGGAGAAGAAAAUGUUUAAUCAUUCAGUCAUGGUCAGGUUAAGCAGAGUUACAUGUAAACCAGAAUCAUUUCUUUACAACUUUAUUAUAGAUUGUUUUUAUUACCAUGCAUAUCCCUUUUAUGUUAUAUAAGAGGAUAUAUAUCCUCUUGUUUUAUACAAACCAAUUCCUACCUUAUGAAUGUACUUUUUUGGUUUUGCAGGCUCAACAUUGUGUUGAUAGAUGAGUUCAUUUUUACAUUUAUUAAGUUACUGAGUUCAUGAAGGUCCACCUUCACGGCUGAUUGAUGAUAGAAGAUAGUUAGGCACCUUAGAAGCAGCCUCUGAGUCGGCCUUCUAAUUUGGGAACAAAGUUGGUUUUGCUGCCUUUCCAGAUACAAGGCUGCUAAACCAAUUAAGAAAAUAACUUAUUUCUCGUAAUUAAAGUAUAUGGUAACUUAAAGGUCUGCUUAUUUGGUUGAGCAAUCUAAUUGUUGAAGUCUGCCAUUCUUUAGCGAUGGAAAUUUAAAAUGGACAACUACAUAGCCAACCUGUGAUCUGGCAGAAACUGCU